ACUUUUAAAUAAGUUAUAAAGGUAAAUUGAUACAAUUCAUGAGAAAAUAGGUCAGAUGGAAAAAGAAAGUAGAUUGUUUAUAGAUGUGUACAUACUUGAAUUGAUGUUAAUUGUCCAGGACUAAACUACACUUUUAUUUACUUACUGUGAUUGAUAAGAUAAGAUGACAGACGCAGUUGAUAUGAAAAGUCAGAAUUCAGACGAUUCAGAUUACGAUGAAUCGGAUAACAUGGACGAGGAUGAUGAAGAUGAUUAUUGUGGUUACUAUGACAAUGACACUGAUGACCUUGACAUUGAUAAACCAAAGAAAAGUGAUGACCCUGAAUAUUUUGAAUUUGACCUUCUCCAUUUAGAGGAUGCUGAAAGAUUACUGAAUGAGGAAGUAGAAGCUUUAUGCAGUAAAUUAAAGAUUGACCCUUCCUUGGCCAAGAUGUUACUUCAGGUCCAUGGUUGGAAUAAAGAAUCUAUUAUAGAAAGAUCCCUUAUAGACCAUGGAAAACUAUUGGUAGAUUCAAAGAUAAAACCAGCUGUGAAGUAUAAGGAUACCUGUUUUAGUAAUUAUCGUACCUGUCCCGUAUGUUACCUGACUGUACAGAAGGAUCAGAUGCAUAGUAUUUCCUGUGGACACCAGUUCUGUAGAGAGUGCUGGGAUAGUUUUUUCCAAAUUCAAAUUCAACAAGGGAUCACCACAGGGAUUGAGUGUAUGGAGAAAGACUGUAAUAUACUGGUACCUGAAGAUUUUAUUUGCAGUGCUCUCAGUAAACCAGACUUUCGAGAUCGUUAUUCAACAAGGUCUUUUACAGAUCAUAUUGAAGGACACCCACAGCUGAGGUUUUGUCCUGGUCCUAAUUGUUCAGUCAUAGUUAGAGCAAAAGAAAACAAAGCCAAAAAAGUAGAAUGUGGACAGUGUAAAACUAUAUUUUGUUUUAAAUGUGGAAUAGAUUACCAUUGUCCAACAGACUGUGGUACGAUAAAGAAAUGGCUGACUAAAUGUGCUGAUGACUCCGAAACAGCUAAUUAUAUCAGUGCAAAUACAAAAGAUUGUCCAAAGUGCCAUGUAUGUAUAGAGAAAAAUGGAGGUUGUAAUCAUGUGCAAUGUACAAAGUGUAAACAUGACUUUUGUUGGAUGUGUUUAGGAGAUUGGAAGGCACAUGGCAGCGAGUAUUAUGAAUGCAGCCGAUACAAAGAAAAUCCUAACAUUGCUAAUGAAUCCGCUCACGCUCAAGCUAGAGAGGCUCUCAAAAAAUACCUCUUCUAUUUUGAAAGGUGGGAAAAUCAUUCGAAGAGUUUAGAGUUAGAAGAGCAAACGUUACUUAAAAUCACAUCCAGAAUUCAGGAUAAGGUGAUGAAUAAUGCUGGUACAUGGAUUGAUUGGCAGUACUUGUUAGAUGCUGCAGGUCUUCUCAGAAAAUGCAGAUACUCACUACAAUACACAUAUCCAUAUGCCUACUUUAUGGAAAAAGGAGCCAGAAAACAACUGUUUGAAUAUCAGCAAGCUCAGUUAGAAGCUGAAGUAGAAAACUUAUCAUGGAAAGUAGAAAGAGCAGAAAUUACAGACAGAGGGGACCUAGAAAAUCAAAUGGAUGUUGCAGAGAAAAGACGUCAAACAUUGUUGAAAGAUUUCCUAGAAAUCUGACGAGUUAUCAUGUGACAUUGAUCAGCUCAGGGAGAUUAUUGUUAGAUGAUUGUCAUUAAAGCUUUAAGUCAAAAUAUAGGUGCCAAUCAUCGUCAAAUGUUAAUGAUGUCGGCUGAAAACGUAAUUCCUAUUGGUCUCACUGUUAAGGCAUUUGGUAAAUGGAGAAAAAACAGGGAGAUUGAAACAGUGAGGUGUUGAUAUUUGCAAUGUAUGAUAAUUAAACUAAAGAUUUUUAACACAUUUUGCAAAUAUAAAUUAAAAUUAAAAUUCUCAAGUUUUAAUUGUAACUGUAUUAGUUGAUUAAAACAAAUAUGUAGCAAUAUUGUUAAAGUACUACCAAUUACCAAAUAUGCUUACAAAAUUAUUAGUUUUGUCUCAGUACAGGUGCACAGUUAUAGUGCUCAUCAAUUGUAAAGGUAAUAAUUCCUUCACGAAAAACUAGUUUUC